UUGUGAAGAUAAAAGUCACCAAACGAACAUGACAAGGGAGAAGGGAGAAAUUCGCAGAACUUCGAGCCAGAGUCAUGAACUUUGCAUCAUUGGUCGUUUUAACAGCUGCGCGCAGGAUAACCGCUUUGAUUCGUUCUGACCAAAGUGAUAUAUUCGGUAUUUGCGACCGACGCAGUAUGCGUGUGGUAGAUUCUUCAGCUAAACUACCACAGCAUGGAAUUGGGUUUACAGCGUGUCUAUCAUCAUCAAGCGGAGUAAAUAUUGGGUACCUUCAAACAAUCGAAUUUGAUAACGUGAUCACAAACGACGGUAAUGGUUUCGAUUCUCGGCAUGGCGUUUUUCGGGCACCUGUCUCUGGACUUUACCACUUCUCCAUGACCAUCUCUUCAACAAAGUCACAUCCAAUGGUCAUUCAUAUGGUAAAAGAUGGAAACGAACUUAUUCACUCAUACCUUGGUGACAGUGAUUAUCUCUCAUCUACACAGGAUGUCAAUGUCCGCCUUAAUGCUGGUCAAGACGUGUGGUGUCGCAAUUCACAGAACUAUAAUGCUUUGAUUAAUGCUGCUAAUUAUAGUUGCUUUUCUGGGCAUUUAAUUUCUGUUUAGAAAGUUUAAAUUGUCAAUUGUGAUAUAGAAUUGUACUUUUUCAU